AUGGCAGCACAGCUCCACGGUGCUCCUUCCGAGGAAGACGCCGACCGCCACUCAACCAGUUCCCCCGCCUCCGUAACAUUGUCAGAAUCGGCCACAUCCAGCAUCGCCACCAGCGUGGCUCCCGUGCCGCCCACGGCUCGCUCGGUGGUGCCAGCCAAGAGACUUGCCUCGAGCCUGGAAUACAACACCACGUCUCCUGCAAAGAAGCAGUCCAAAUGGUCCCCAGACGAGGACUCGAAAAUCAUCCAACUUCGCCAGGAUGGCAUGAAGUGGGAGGAUAUCAGCAAACAUCUGCCAGGUCGUAGUGCCAUCAGUUGUCGAUUGCACUACCAAAACUACCUGGAGCGGAGGAGUGAAUGGGACGAAGACCGCAAGAAUAAGCUCGCCAGGUUGUACGAACGAUUCCGUGCCGACAUGUGGGCCAGAGUUGCUGAAGAAAUGGCCAUGCCGUGGAGAGCAGUCGAAGCAAUGCAUUGGCAAAUGGGUGAACACGAGAUGGCCAAACGCGCUGGAGUCACACCGUUUUCCCUCAACAACUCUUCCAACCACUACGAAUCAGGCAAUCUGGGACCCCGUUCGCAUUUGCGACAUAUUGGACCCGGACCACGUCUACGACGCGAGUCCUUGCCGCCGGAUGUAUCAUACCAGGGGCCUCCGCAACUGCCGUCGCUCGCCGAGCUGACCGCGGGAUUGCCUGCGUAUGCAGCCGCGCCACCAUACCAAUCUUCGGAUCCUUUUCACCACCACCUGUACAACCACGCCAAAGGACGCAACGCACCCUUUCGGUGA